UUCCAACAUUGUGUGCCCUUUAAGCGACCAUUUCCGAACCUACCUCAAAUCAAUGCUCACAAGAAGAAAAUUCCUGAACUUGUUCUCAACUACCAACGUUUCUCAAAUAAUUUGUCACCAACUUAAUGCAGUUCCAAAGCCAUUGCACCCUUUUUCUGAAAUCCCCAAAAGGUUUAGGGUUUUACUAUUUUAUGGAACGCAAGCAUCGAAAUUUCCGGAAUACGAGAUGCCAUCUGUGACGUGGGGCGUGAUUCAGGGUCGCAAGGAGAAGCUGGUUUCUCGGGUAAUCGUCUUCGACUACCUCAAGGGUUUGGGAAUCAUCCCUGAUGAGUUGCAGGACUUGGAGCUUCCUUCCACCGUUGAUGUCAUGAGGGAGCGCGUCGAGUUUCUUCAGAAGUUGGGUUUAACCAUUGAUGACAUCAACAACUACCCUUUGAUGCUAGGAUGCAGUGUAAGAAAGAACAUUAUUCCUGUGUUGGGGUACUUGGAAAAAAUUGGGAUUCCAAGGUCUAAACUUGGUGAAUUCGUUAAGAAUUAUCCACAAGUGUUGCAUGCUAGUGUCAUUGUUGAGCUUGCUCCUGUUAUCAAGUUCCUUAGGGGGCUUGAUGUGGAGAGGGAUGAUAUUGGGUAUGUGUUGCAAAAGUAUCCUGAACUUCUUGGGUUCAAGCUUGAGGGUACUAUGAGCACUUCAGUGGCUUAUCUUGUUAGUAUUGGUGUUAACCCUAGAGAUAUUGGUCCAAUGGUAACACAGUAUCCUUAUUUUUUGGGGAUGAGAGUUGGGACUAUGAUAAAGCCUCUGAUUGAUUACUUGCUCGUUUUGGGGCUGCCAAAGAAGAUUUUAGCUAGGAUGUUGGAGAAGCGAGCCUAUAUACUUGGGUAUGAUUUUGAAGAGACUGUGAAACCAAAUGUGGAUUGUUUGAUCAGUUUUGGUAUAAGGAGAGAAUGUCUGCCUUCGGUUAUUGCUCAAUAUCCGCAGAUUAUUGGGCUGCCUCUUAAGGCUAAAUUGUCUUCUCAGCAGUACUUUUUUAGUUUGAAGCUUAAGAUUGAUCCGGAAGGGUUUGCACGAGUGGUGGAGAAGAUGCCACAGGUGGUUAGCCUUAACCAACAUGUGAUUAUGAAGCCAGUUGAGUUCCUCCUUGGGAGGGGAAUACCGUCCCCUGAUGUGGCUAGCAUGGUGAUCAAGUGUCCUCAGUUAGUAGCACUGCGACUUGAGUUCAUGAAGAACAGUUAUUACUUCUUCAAGAGUGAGAUGGGGAGACCCAUAAAAGAGCUUGUGGAUUUCCCAGAAUAUUUUACUUAUAGUUUGGAAUCCAGGAUCAAACCCAGAUACCAGCGGCUAAAGAGCAAGGGGAUAAGGUGUUCAUUGAAUUGGAUGCUAAAUUGUAGUGACCAGAGAUUUGAGGAGAGAUUGCAGGGUAAUUACAUUGAAACUGAAAGUAUAGGUCCGUCAUUCUGUUUGGGUGGGAAACUAGAGUUGCCAGGGAAUGCUGUAGUGUCAGAUGAGGAAGAGGAGAGUGAUGAUGAACUACUAUACAGACAAACUGUUUCUCUUUAAGUCAACUAUUUUUUUUUUUUUGCAACAGUUGAUGAAACAACUACAGAGUGUAACUGUUAUCAAAUGGAGGACUAGUUUUUAUCUAUUUUUCCUUUUUAUAUUAUUAUUGCAUCUUUUUACAAACAUUCAAAUGUUAGUUAUCUGUCCAUUCAUUGUGCCUAAAUAUCCUUGG